AAUAGAACUAUGAAUUAUAGAUAAAUAAAAAUAAAGUGUUUUUCUUACAGAAAAAGAGUGAGAUUAUCAUGUUAAAUGGAGGAGGAACAAGAAGAUAAAUUUGUUUUAUCAAAAAAAGAAAAUUAAGAAAAUAGAACUAAAAACAAUUAAUGAAGGUUUUAUUCUUCUUGGCUCUUGUUUUUAUUGUUAAUGCAGAUAACCAACCAAACGAAAUGAAAGAAUAUCUUUCUGGAGAAUGGAAAUUUUACCAAGUUGAAACAACAAUUUCUGAUAACUCUGAUAAUUCUGAAGAUAAUGAAAGUGAAAUUGAAGAACGAGAACCAUUAGUUGCAAUGAAUAUUACAGCUAGAACUGAUGUUGCUGAUAUGCUUGAUGUUAUUAUUGAUGAUGAUAAUGAGAAAUAUUAUCAAAUAUCUAUCUAUGAUGGUAGUACUAUUGAAGUCCAAAUGAUAGGUGAUGAAGUCCAAGAAGAUAAACUUUUUAUUACCAUGAAUUUCCAUAAUGUUUCAGAUAUGUAUAUUGCAGAAGGUACAUUCAGAAAUAUUUCAUACACUGCUUAUAUUCCAAGAACUGAUGCUCUUAUUGCUUCAAUUACUACAUACCAAAAAGAUGAAGAAGGAAAGGUUAUUGUUACCAGAUAUAUUGGUGAAAAAACAUUUGUUGACAAGCGUACUUUCUUCCAAAAAUAUCAAAUGUUUAUUAUGAUGGGUCUUAUGAUGCUCUUCCAAAUGUUCAUGGGACAACCAGGUGCUCAAGCUCCUGCCCAAGCACAACAACAAGCCGCUCAAUAAAUUGAUUUUUUUCUGAACUAGAAAAGUAUGUGUGUUUCAUUCUUAUUUUAUUCUAUUAAAACAUAUUCUUGUCUUUGUUUAACUUAAAUAAUUACAAAUCACAAACAAUUUACUAAUACCAAAAGCUUUGAAUGACAUAUUACCAUAACGUUGUUUCUUUACUAUCAUUUACAAAAUAAAAAUAUUAAUGAGUUGAGACAACCAUUGUGUUUUAUCUUUUAUUUUAAUAAAUCAUUUUCUUGUGUUGAAAAUUAUAUUCAAAAUCAAUAUACAAAAAGGAUUUUUAGUGAGUUUCUAUAUACAGAAUAAUGUGGUAUAAUUUGA